GGCAUGAAUUAGGCUUUUUGUCGAUGGAAGAGGUUGAUGAAGUUAAAUAUGAAUUCGAGACGUCAAAGUUGAGUGGAGGAAAUGAGAAGUCAAAGUCAAAGAUGAAGACACAGACAAAAAAGCAGAAAAUCUUUAAAGGCCGUAGUGAUUCAAAUGGUGAAGAGGCCGAAGACAAAGAUGUUGAAGAAAAGAAUCAAAAGAAAAAGAAAAGUAAGAAGAACAAGGAUAAUCUGGCAAAUAGAGCAAAAGAAAUUACAGGAUCAAUGUCUGGCGAUUUAGAAGGGGAUUUAGUAGAUGAUACUGAGUUCUGUGCAUGGAAUGAACUGAGACUUCAUCCCCUGCUUAUGAAAUCAAUACAGAGACUGAAUUUCAAAGAACCAACGCCAAUACAAAGAGCUUGCAUUCCUGCUGCUGCUCAUCAAGGAAAGGAUGUUAUAGGUGCUGCAGAGACUGGAUCAGGAAAAACACUUGCAUUUGGUUUACCCAUUCUUCAACGCCUUCUUGAAGAAAAAGAAAAAGCUGACCGAAUUACUGCAACAAAUGGAGAGGUAGAUGAAAGAAUAGCUCCUAGAGAGCUUCUUCGGGCGCUAAUUAUUACUCCUACAAGAGAGCUUGCACUUCAGAUCUCAGAUCACAUAAGGGCAGUGGCAAAACAUACCGAUAUAAGGGUUGUUGCAAUUGUUGGUGGUAUGGCAACUCAGAAGCAAGAAAGACUUUUGAAAAGAAGACCAGAAAUUGUGGUUGGUACUCCUGGGAGACUUUGGGAACUUAUGUCAAGUGGAGAAAUUCAUCUUGUAGAGCUACAUUCAUUGUCAUUCUUUGUGCUGGAUGAGGCUGACCGCAUGAUAGAAGCUGGGCACUUCCAGCAGUUGCAGUCCAUAAUUGAUAUGCUUCCCAUGUCCAGCGGAUCAAUUAAUGGGCAUUCUUCAGAAACACAGAAUGGCACAACUGUUUCAAGUGUUCAAAGAAAGAAAAGGCAAACUUUUGUCUUUUCUGCAACCCUUGCCCUAUCUGCCGAUUUUCGGAAAAAACUAAAGCACAGUUCAAAAAAGGCAAAGUUUGAUGGCGAGCUAAAUUCAUUUGAAACGCUUUCAGAGAGAGUCGGAAUGCGAGAAAAUGUUGCUAUAGUUGACCUAACUAAUGCAUCAAUAAUGGCAAAUAAACUUAUGGAGUCGCUCAUUGAGUGCACGGAAGAAGAUAAAGAUGGAUAUCUUUAUUAUAUCUUGAGUGUUCAUGGGAAAGGACGCACAAUUGUUUUCUGUACAUCUGUUGCUGCAUUAAGGCAUCUUGCCUCAACACUGCGCAUUCUUGGUCUCAAUGUUUCAACACUUCAUGCCAAGAUGCAGAUGCAAGCACGACUUAAGGCAAUUGAUCGUUUUCGCGUUGAUGAAACUGGCAUACUUAUUGCUACAGAUGUUGCAGCUAGAGGCAUUGAUAUUCCCGGUGUUCGAACUGUUGUUCAUUACCAGCUUCCACAUUCAGCUGAGGUUUACGUUAAUAGAUGUGGAAGAACUGCCAGAGCUUUCUCAGACGGAUGUAGUAUUGCGCUAAUCUCUCCAAAUGAUGCAUCAAAGUUUGCUUCUCUAUGCAAGUCGUUUGCAAGGGAAAGCUUCCAACGAUUUCCUGUAGUGAUGUCAUACAUGCCAGAGGUUGUGAAGCGAUUAUCCCUUGCCCAUCAAAUAGACAAAUUUCUUAAGAAGGACUCUCAGGAUAAGGCCAAGAAAACAUGGUUUGAACGGCAUGCUGAUUCAGUUGGAUUGGAGUUGGCUAGUGAUGAUAGUGAGGAGGAAAGGGUGAAUUCCCAUAAGCAAAAAAAAGCCACCGCUGCUCAUUUAAAGAACUUGCAGCAGGAGCUGAAUUCUCGCCUUUCCCUUCCAUUACAACCCAAGACAUUUUCAAAUCGCUUUUUGGCAGGGUCUGGGGUUUCUCCUCUCUUGCAAAAUCAAUUAGAGGAACUAGCUAAGCAAAGACUUGGCCAAACAAGUAAUAGUGUGAACAACAAAAGGAAAAGUUUGUUGGUUAUGGGACAGGAUCUUGUAGAACCACUCCAGGCACUUCAAAGUGCUGGGCCAGAGGCACAUCUGGAUUUUAAGGACAUUGCAGAAAAGAGGAAAAGUUGGGACAACAUAAGGAGAAAGAGGAAAGAAGCGAAAAAACGUCAGCGCGAGGAACGCCGAAAGCAGAAGAAAAGGGAAAAGGUCGCAAGGUGCGCGGCAAAUGAGGCGAAGCUCUUGGAGUAAGACAAUCACAAUCUCCUUUCUUGUGUUUGAGUUUAACAUUAUAUAGUUUCAGUCCAAAACUGCAUUUCUUUUGGUGUCGUCUCAAAAUUUUGUUAUGUUUUAGUAUUUAUUUAUUUAAAAGAUUACUAUAUGAUUCCUUUUACUAUUUCUUUUUUUUUUUUGCAAACCAAUUCCAAACAUGCAUCUUCUAUUAUAAAAAGUCUGUUUUGUAAUAAAUAAAACAUUUUAAGUCAAAUUAGAAAUUACAGUAUUAGAGUGAGUAAAAACUUUGGGCGCAGGUGAAAAAGAUGUAAUGCAUAGAAUGUAUCACAAAGACAGAGGUCACGAGCUCACAUUUUGUUUCCUCUAUCACGUGAGUAAUCUUUCUCUUGUUACGUAAAAAACAAAACCCCAAAAAAAAGUAAAGAAAAAUACAGUAAGACUCAAUAUUCACACUGCAUCAUAUGAUUGUGGAAAUUUUAUUCACACUCAAUUAUUUAUUCGUACUAAAUAAAAAUGUAUGGA